AGCUGUAGACAAGAGAUUCUCCUCUCUCAUUAGUGAUGCAAAGAAAUUUGCCCAAGAACUAAGAACAACUCUGAACCUAAAUACCCCUGAACCGUCAUGUAGACCAUUAGAAGAACCGGAGAUAAAGAUCAAGGGAAUGCACCGCAUCAAGAAACACCUUAAAAAAGCUGUAAAUGAAAAACUCGUGGGGAAGGUUGAAGAUCAACAUUGGCAAGGAAGUCUACUGAAAGCAAGAUGGCAGGAUGAUCAGUUAAGUCAUGAAGGUUGCUUUGCAUGGCUUAACAAGUGGGUAAGCGCUGCUACCCAUUGUAUUGCAGGCAUUACUAGAGUCUGCACGGCCUACAAGACGGGAACAACAGACAAGAAUAAUGUCACAUGCAGAAUGUGCGGCGAGGGUUCCGAAUGUCUGGCACAUGUACUGGCUAGAUGUCCAUCUCUUGCACAGUCCAAGUACCUGGAUAGACACAACGCUGCUUUGAAAGUGUUUCUCUUUGAGAUGCUAAGAGAUCUCAAACUGGCUAAUAGUACACCCCCAUGGUUUUCUGAUGUCAAACCCAAACCACUCUACAAAUCAACUGACGCUGAAGCAUACUGGGAUUUACCUGUAUAUGCUGACCACAUGUAUGUACGAUCUAAUCGUAUGGACGCGCGUUUCAUCGACCACGAUAACAAGAAAGUACUCAUGGUGGAAAUGAGCUGUCCGUGGGUUAACAACCGAGAAAAGAAAGACAAAGAGAAGACGAAGAAGUAUGGAGCACUUAGACUUGAUCUCACAAAACAACACCCAGGAUACACGAUCUUGCAAGUGAACCUCAUUUUGGACGCUCUUGGAGGAUGGUCUAAAGAGAUGGAGCCUGAUAUGAAGAAUAUCUUUGGAGCAAGAUACAAAAAUGUAUUACUUAGAAUGCAGAAAGCGGUAUUAAGCUGCACAGUGAACAUUGCAAGAACAUUCAAAUUAAUCACAUCUUAAGGACAUUUCAAACAUUCUAAGUAUUUAAACUGCAUCUU